UAAAUCAUUUCGUGGAUGUUGUGUUGUGGGUGUUCUGUCAUCUGCGAAUGCGGUAGUAAUCUUUAAAGCUGCAAUGUACAUGUAAAAUUUGAAUUAUUUGAAAAUGAGUGAAUUAUUUAAAUCGGCUUUCGGUUACUUUACUACACCCAGUAAUGACACGGUUGAGAACGGCUUUAUAGGACAAACAAUUGAAAUUUCCAACGUUAAACUGAAGAUACAAAAAGUAAUUGCUGAAGGAGGAUUCGCUGUAGUUUUUGUCGCGCAAGAUAUUUCCACAGGAAAGGAAUACGCUCUUAAGCGGUUGCUUGCUGCCGAUGAGGCGCGAAAAAGAAAUGUAUUACAAGAAAUUAACAUUUUGAAGAAGUUAACGGGACACUCCAACAUAAUACAAUAUUUAUCUACAUCUGUAAUUGAAAAGAAUCAAACCAGUCACGGACAAACGGAAUACUUACUUGUUACCGAAUUAUGUUCAGGGGGCUCAUUAGUCGACAUACUGAAAUCGUUAAAUGGACCAUUUGAUCCCGAAACGAUAGCUUGUUUGUUUUAUCAAACCUGUAGAGCAGUGUGCCAUAUGCAUAGCCAGUCACCGCCAAUAAUACACCGUGACUUAAAAAUAGAGAAUAUUUUAAUAUCAAGCGAUGACACUGUGAAGUUAUGCGAUUUUGGUUCGGCAACAAUUGAAGUACACCAGCCUGAUGAAUCUUGGUCCGCAAAUCAAAGAUCUACUUUGGAAGAGACGCUUGCACAAUUUACAACGCCCAUGUACCGAGCUCCUGAAAUGGUAGACACAUGGAAUAAUUAUUAUAUUGGGGCUCCUGUCGAUGUUUGGGCCUUGGGAUGUAUAUUGUACACUUUAUGCUAUAUGAGGCAUCCCUUUGAAGAUGGUGCUAAGUUACGUAUACUAAAUGCAAACUAUUCUCUUCCUCAAGAUCAAAAAUAUUCCUGUUUUCAUGGCAUCAUAAAAUCAUGUCUUCAGAUCUGCCCCACCGACAGACCAACAAUAGUAGGAGUACUGGAACAAAUUGCUGCAUUAGCUGAAACAAAAGGCUACAAUCUGAAAGCAUCCCUAAAUGUUAAACUUAAAUCUAGCAACUCAGAUAUUCAUGUGGGUCAAGGUGAUAGCAACCACGUUAGCAAGGUACCCACGCGACCGCCUCCCCCUUCACCCGCCCAUCAGCCGGCCAGGCCAGCGCCACCGAGGCCACAAAGAGACCCUGACUCCAUUGCAAAGGCACCAAUGCAAAAUCAAUCCGAUCCCAAGCAAAGUGCGGGAUUAUUUUCGUCGAUCAAAGGUGGAGCGGGUAGUUUUCUGAAAAAUUUAAAAGAUACAAGUUCAAAAGUCAUGCAGACUAUGCAGCAGUCUAUUGCACGCACAGAUUUAGACAUUACAUAUGUGACAUCUAGAAUUUUGGUGAUGCCUUUCCCAUCGGAGGGCUUAGAAUCGGCUUAUCGUACUAAUCACAUCGAGGACGUGCGGGUAUUUCUAGAUUCGAGGCAUCCAAACUUUAAGUACUCUAUAUACAAUGUCUCAGGCCGAUCAUAUCAUUCACGUUUUGGACAGGCUAGAGUUAUCGAUUGCGGCUUUGCAUAUCCUGAACACUUUAAGGCGCCGCUAUUAAAUUCUUUGUACCAAUUGUGCGAAGAUAUGUACCAGUAUCUAUCUGGAGAUAGCAGGAAUGUUUGCGUUAUUCAUUGUAUGGAUGGUAAAUCAACUUCAGCAACCAUAUUGUGCGCAUUAUUAAUUUAUAUCCGACUUUUCUGUGUUCCUGAGGAUGCGUUGCAGCUGUUCGCCGUAAAGCGCAUUCCGCCAAAUAUGCUACCGUCAGAGCUGCGAUACCUUUAUUACAUGACUGAUAUUGUACAAAAUCCACCCAGCUAUCCACAUUAUAAGCCAGUCACGCUAGUUUCUUUACAAAUGCAGCCUGUACCGCUAUUUACAAAAGUGAGAGAUGGAUGUCGGCCGUAUGUGGAGGUAUACAGCGAAAAUCGCUGUAUUCUGUCGACAUUGCAGGAAUAUGAACGAAUGAGACUGUACAAUAUAUCAGAAGGAAAGUGUUUGCUUCCGUUGAAUUCCAAUGUAUGCGGGGAUGUUUGUAUAAUCAUUUAUCAUGCUAGAAACAUAUUGGGGGGCGUAAUGACUCAGGGAAAAGCAACGGGAAUUAAAAUCUGCCAGAUACAGUGCCACACUGGUUUCAUAUCUGAAGAGGAAACAUGUUUGCGAUUUACAAAGUAAGUGUUUUUUUGUUUGGAAUUA